AUGGGCAUUUUAAGCACUAUUCACAGCUUAAAGAACUGGACAAUGGAGCAUGUCUGGCAUGCUUUAGUUCAACCGAAGAAACCUAUUGAGGAAAAACCCCCAGUAAUAGCAUUUCCGAAUCUUGGCGAGGAUAUACGGCAAGUAGUGCAGACGAAAGAGUUCGAGUCGGCCCUCAAUUCAGCCUCACCAUUUCUCCUGGCCAGCCUGGGUGCUUGGCCUGGCUAUUGGGUAUAUAGGGGCAUGGAUUAUCAUUCACAUAGAAUGCAUGUGCCAUUACAGAUAUACAUAAGACAGACCUUUUUGCAGGCAAAACUUUUGCAAUUUGCCAUCAUCUUGGCUGGCAUAUUUACUGUCGUUAAAGAGCAGCGUCGUUCUCGUAUGAUGCCCAUCGAUGAGCCCUAGUAUCCUUGCCUGAUCUAGAGAGUGGCUGGCAUACAUGGUUUUCCUACUCUUUUUCCUUCGUUGGAAGCUUGCGUAUGUUGGCCAUUCUCUGGACCCAGUUCCUGCUAUUUCCAAUACAUUUCUGAACAAUUUUCGGUUAAUUUUUUUCCAAAUUUUGAAUAACAAAUUAAAGUGAAAGAGAAUAAACGGCACAAAAUAUUUGCGCACUUUAAGAAUAAAAAUAAUCACAGCUUAGAAAAGAA